AUGGGUUGUAAAAAUAGUAAAAUAAGUGCAACACAUCGAUCAAUAGAUCGACGUCUUAACUAUGAUGAUGAUGACAAUGACUAUGACAAGGAUGACGCCAUACUUUCACAGAAAACUAUAGCUGAUGAUGAUGAUGCUAUCAUUGCUAACCUAACUCGUGGAGAUGAUCAUAUUCCAAUUCUAGUUGCUGAUUCACAAGCAUUCAAUAAUUCAUUUGUUCAACAACGUCAACAAGCCAUUGACAAUCGCUCUUAUCAAUCAGUGAUCGAAUCAUGCCAACCAAAAUCUCUUCAACAACUUACGGACAUCAUUAAAGCAUUUUCCAAAGAAAGAUCAAUUGUUGACAGUCAUUGGAUUAUAUUUUAUUGGAUUGUUUGUAACAUUCAAUAUGAUACUGGAGCAUAUAUUAGUGGCAAAUGUAAUGAUCAAUCACCAGAAAAAGUAUUUCGAAAACGAAAAGGUGUUUCUGUUGGAUAUGCCAAUUUAUAUAAAUAUUUAUGCGAUCAAUUACAAAUGUCAUGCCAAGUAAUUAGUGGAUAUGCUAAAGGUUAUGAAUUUGAGAAUCGUAUAGAUGCUCCUAAUAAAACUGAUCACACAUGGAAUGCUGUUGAGAUUGAUCAUCAUUGGUAUUUAAUAGAAUCAACAUGGGGUGCUGGAUAUUUAAAUGAACAGAGUAUUUUUCAACAUGAACCAAAUUCAUAUUAUUUUUUUCCACGUCCUAAUGAAAUGAUCUAUCAUCAUUUACCUGAUGAUGAUAAAUGGCAAUUAUUACAAAGUCCAAUAAAAAUGACACAAUAUUUAGAAAUGCCUCACCUUCAUCCUCUUUACUUUGAUUUAAAUAUUGAAUUAGUUAGUCCACGUAAUCAAUAUCAUCUCGAUCUUAUUCCUGGUAAAUCAUAUGCUCUAGUAUUUCUGAAAGUGCCGUUAGAUGUUCAUCUCAUGGCAGAUUUAAAAUUAAACGAUCAAAUUAUUGAUGGUGGUAGUUAUAUGAUGUUUGAUAAACGUCAACAAAUUUAUCGUUGUUAUUUUGCACCAAUUCACACUGGUAGACAUAAAAUAUAUCUUUAUGGGAAAAGAGGUAAUUCAGUUAUAGGUGAAUACAGAUCAAUACUAGACUUUGUACUUGAUGUGAAACAAAUGCCACAAAAUUCAAUUAGCUUUCCAAAAAUAUCGAAGAACUUUUCUGACUUCGACUUGGAAGUGAUCUCUCCUCGAAAUACAUGUCUAAUUAAACUUAAUAAUGGAGAUAAGUAUUCAGAAAUUCUAAUAAAAACACCCGAAAAUGUUGAACUUCGUGGACAUCUUCAGAAUGAACGAAAACAAGAAGUCAUGGGUGGAGAACAAGUUUAUUAUGAUCGACGAAAAAAUAUCUGGCGAUGUAAAUUUGCACCUGAUCGAAAUGGUCUUUUUGAAGCACUUAUUAUGGCUAAGAAAAAAACUGAUCCUGAAAUUUAUAUAACAGCUCUUGCAUUCAAAAUCGAAGCUAAACACAUUCCAUUACCACCCAUGUCUUAUCCUUUCACAUGGCAACUCUUUCACGACCUUGAUCUUCGAAUUGAAGCACCACGAAAUCGUUCAAGUGCUAUUUGGCCCGAUAAUGCAUCUUAUGCUGAAAUUCUUAUAAAAGCACCUGAUAAUAUUCAACUUUCAUGUGAUAUCAAAUAUGAUAAUGUUAAAGUUGAAAAUGGAUCAUUAGCUCAAUUUAAUAAUGAAAAAAAACUUUGGCAACUUUUAUUUGCACCUGAACGAGCAGGUCAACAUGAGCUCAUUGUUUGUGCGAAAAACAUUAAGGAUAAUCAAUCUUCAUCAAAUGUAGUGGUCAAAUUCAAUCUUGAGGUUAGAAGACUUCAACGACCAAUGAAGUUUCCCGUGACUUAUAAUAAAUUUCAAGCUGAAAAAUGUCAAAUCUAUACGCCGAUGGAUGGAAUAUUAAAGAAAGAUUCUAUUGUUCCAAUUCAUUGUGUUAUUCCAGGUGCUAAAAGUGUCAAUUUGACUGUUGAUUCUCAAUUGCUCAGUAAUGAAGGUUAUAAAGAUCCUAUUCUACAAAGACAAAUCAGAGUCGGAUCAAAAGACGUAGUUAUCUAUGCCAAAUAUGGGCAAAGUUCAUCUUUUGAUGGAUUGAUGAAAUAUACUGUUCAAUGA